AUGUCGAUCCCUGUCUUCAAACCAUUCAUGCGCAAUGGUUACCUCACUGCCACUGAUGCUUUCUGUGUGGCUACAUAUGGCCACCGAGUCAUCAUGACUCCCAACAUGAAGUUCAUUCCCCAACCCUUUGACCACGAAUCCGACAUAGUGCAAGCGGGUUUUGCAAUCCCAUACCGGGAAGCCUAUAUGGAUGACGCAAGCAUGAUGUACACGUGGUUCAGACCAACUUUCUCCAGUGACUUCAUGCCCCUUACUCCCAGUAGUCUCUUUGGUCAGCUCAAGACCGACAUUGAGAAGGCCAACAAGUGGGUUACCAGUUACAAGGUUGCAAGGAUGCAUAAGGAGGAUCAUGUUGUUGGGUGGGUACAUGCAAUGCGCGCUGUAUACGAGCGUUUCCAGCAAGCCAUGGCCUGGCGCGACAUCAUCAUAAUUGUUGCUGAAUAUUAG